AUGCAUCCCGGUGCUACUAUAAAUAACAAAAAAUGUUGCAUACUCAAUCGCAUCAUAGUAAAGAUGAAUACAAAGACGUUUAUAGUAUGGUUUCUUUUAAUAGCGGCCGUUAUUGUGGCCGUCACAGCAGACAGUUCUGUGGACAACAAGAAGGAAGGUGCAAAGCAAGUGGAGAUACCAAACGUGGAACCCAAAGGAGAUGCUGCGGUUGAGGCCCCCGUUGAAGAAGAGAAAGAUAGCAAUUAUGAAGUUGAUAAUCGAGGCGGCGGAGGAUGGAAGGGAGGCGGUGGCCAAGGUGGAGGAUGGAAGGGUGGCGGUGGCCGAGGAGGAGGUGGAGGAUGGAAGGGUGGCGGUGGCCGAGGAGGAGGUGGUGGAUGGAAGGGAGGCGGUGGCCGAGGAGGUGGUGGCGGAGGUGGGGCUGAGUUAGCUCCCGAAGAGAUAAAUGAUGUCUCAGAUGAUUUAUAUCUUCUCUUCGCGUCUGCUAUGAUGAAUACAUCAUUAGCGGUUCAAUAUAACUCACCUACCUUGCAUAUCCUUGCUUUAGACACGGUUGUGAAGUGUAUGAACAUAGAGGUUUUAACGAGUACGUUCAACUUUAUGCCUGAGACU